GGAGUUUUGAUUGUCUUGUUAUUUAUACAUUUUAGACUUUACUUCAUACUCGACAUACUUCCUAUCCACUUACACACUUGGCAAUUAGUACUGCAUUGCCAAGAUGUCUGCUGAAAAUAGAGUGAAUUAUGAAAGAAUAAAAGAAUUAUGGAUCCUUUACGGAGAUUAUGCAGUAUUGCUUCUUGUUUCGUUGAGUUACUUCAUUUUAGACAUUACAAUGCUUCCGUUCCAGCGACAAUUUUCUUUAGAGGAUUUAACAAUUUCUCAUCCUCAUGCCGAGCAUGAACGAGUACCUACAAAGUACCUAGGGCUGAUUUCCCUUCUCCUUCCUGGCUUUACGCUUUAUGGAAUUGGUAGAUACAGGAAAAGCCCUCUUUUGUUCUGGAAAAGCUUGACGGGUUUACUUUACUCCACCAUGGUUUGUGGUCUCAUCGUAACCAUCAUCAAAAAUACGGUGGGAAGACCUCGUCCAGACUUUUUGUCUCGCUGCAAUCCUCUCAGUUCAUCUCCCAAGACGGGGUGGGUAGACCUUCAAGUUUGUACUACACCUUGGAAGAGUAGUACAUUACAAGACGGAUUACGAUCUUUUCCUUCCGGACAUACGUCUUUUUCUUUCUCAGGACUUGGUUAUCUUUCCUUAUGUAUUGCUUCUCAAUUAAGAAUGUUUCGCAAAAAGACUUCUUCCUGGGCGAUCGUUAUGUUUUUUCUUCCAUUGACUUUAGCAUGUUGGAUAGGUAUCAGCCGUAAUGAAGACUACCGUCAUCACCAAGAAGAUAUUUUGGUUGGUGGUUUACUGGGAAUGACCAUUGCAUAUAUUUGUUAUCGGCAAAUAUUCCCUCCGUUAAAUGACGCUUCCGCUGACAUUCCGUACGCUCAAAUUGAAAUAGAUGAGGGUAACUCGGACAGCAGAAGAGUGGUAGAAGAAAUGGUGUGAGUUAGAAUGAUACUUUCAUACUUUACAACAAAGCGGUUCUUCUUUCUCUUAUAGUCAAGUACACUCUUUUUUACCUUGUAUUAUUAACGAUUAUAUUUUAUAUAUAUAUUUAUUUAUAUUUGAUUUGACUCUUAACAAGCGUUAUUAAUUCCAUAGCUACUCUUAUGGAAAAUAAAAUAGAAGUAACCUGGAAAUCUGUGUCAUUACCCAA